CAAGACAGUUCAUUCAGAACAGUCAUAGCACGCGGACGCAACAGCAACAGCAAAAGCAGGAGCAACAUUGAAACAACUUGAAACUUGACAGCAAGAACAACAUCAUCAGCGGAGACAGAUAGUAAGGGUCAAUUCGACCUCAAUUGGAGCACAACGCGUUUUGUUUGACUUGUUUACUUAGUUAGUGUUUUGUGUGUGCCUCGAGUGCGUGUGUCCUGUGUGUAUAAGACUCUUUGUGCGUGUGCCACAACAACAACAACAAAGUACACACACUUAGUGGCAAGUGUGGCAUCUGCUUUUGUUUGCUGCUGCUCCUUCAAAAUGCAAUUGCCUUUGUCAUUGUCAACGUCCGGAAUUGGACACAGCAUGCUGAUGGUGCUGCUCGUGCUGCUCGUUGGACUGGCUGCCGCUGUGCCUGCCUCGGUGUUGGCCCAAAACACCGAGUUGUCCACCAAUGCGAACAACAAGCUGCAACAUCAGCAGCAACUCCAGCAGCAAAGGGAAUUGCCGGCAGUAAAACGUUCGGAGGAUGACACAGCGUCCAAUGCCGCCGCUGCUGCUGUGCCAACAGCCGAUAAAAAGUCAAGUCCGGAAAUUGUGCCAGCUUCCUUCAGCAAUUCUCCACCUGCCCGCAGCACCUCGAUUGAGCAGCCACAGGCAGAGCAACAACAACAACAGAAGCAGCCACCGGCUGGCCUCUAUGCUCUGCCCAGCAAUGAUGAGAUCCUGGCUGCCGUUGCUGCCGCGGCUCAGAGCAGCCAACAGCAGUUGCAGAGCGAUCCCACGGCUCUCGAGGAGGCGGUGGCCAGCUCCACGAUGCGCAAACGUGGCGUCAACUACGAGUACAAUCCCUACAUGUCCGUGCCCAAUGUGCCCGACUAUGGCAGCGAUGUGCCCAAUGGCAUUUGGACCGAUGACUACGAGCCUGCUGCUCCCUUGAACUACAACAACUAUAACAAUGAACGUGAGCUGCAGGAACUGGAUGACUAUGUGCCAGAGCGACAUGUGAAUGGUGGCAAUGCUGGUCGCAACAAGGCUUAUGAUAACCUCCAGAAUUUGCUCAAUGCCGAGGCUUACUUGGAGAGCAUUCCCCUCUCGGUGCCCCUCACCUAUGCCAAUCGCAACUACAAUCUGGAUGAGCGCAACAAACGUGGCAUCUACUACAACCUGGCCAACAAUGGCGCCAACAGCGCUCCCGCUGAGAAUCUCAAUCUGAACAAGUACCGACGAUAUGGCGAUAUGCGGCUAAAACGCGACACCACCAAGCUGACUCCCGCUGAUAUGUUGGCUCUCGUUGCCCUGGUCGAGGCGGGCGAGCGUGCACGCAAGGAAACCGAUGUGGAUAGCGGCGUCUCGGUGCCUUUGGUCGAUGCUGAGGAGUUGGACUAUGUCCCAGCGGGCAGCUGGUUGGAUGCACCGCUAGCUUCACAGCAACAACAACAACAACAACCCGCAUUGGUGGACUAUUAUGGUCUUCCAGUUGAGGCUCAGGUGGUGCCCAAGUACGAAUAUGUGCCACGCCCACAGAAGUACGUUGGCAGCAAUAGCCGUUUUGGCUCAUCAAAGCGCUUCAUGGUCGCCAAGAAGAAGCGUUCGGUGAACCAGAGCCAGUUCAUGAGCGAACCAGUUGGUGAACGGGGUCCCAACUAUUAUGGCGAAAAGUUCUACUAAGCCAUAAAGAAUGCUUUAGUUAAACGGAUAAGAUGAUAACGAGAACGAGAAUGAGAUUGAAAACGAGAACGAGCGAGGGAGAAAGAAUAGAAAAGCUUUCAAGCUGAGCUUUCCACUUUUAUUGAUAACCAAACAUCAUAUAAAACUAAAAAUAAUAAUAAUAAAUUUAAUAAUGCAAGAAGAAGAUGAAGAAAAA